AAUAAUGUGUUUUCUUUAGAAAAACUGAAUGAUUAUAACAGUUUUAAAUGUCUGUUUUCAUUAUUUAACAAAUAUUUACUGUGUUCUUUUAAAGCAAAAUACCUUAUGUCUUCUCGUCAGGACUUUAAAAAUCAGACAUCUAGUGUUUCGCCACUGAGAUUUCCUCAAAAGCUAUGGAAAAUUGCAAAUGAAUGUCAAAGUGGAGCAGUAGCUUGGAGUCCGGAUGGAAAAUCGAUUUUAUUACGUUAUUCAUUAUUCAAGGAGGAAUUUAUGAGUACAAAAAAUGAUUUUUUUAAAACUGAUAACAUAUCAAGUUUUGUAAGGCAGCUUAACUUGUAUGGAUUUCGAAAAAUUUAUGAUCAUGCACAAAAGCAAGCUUAUAAAGCGAACCCUGAUUUGCAUGAAUUUGCAAAUGAUAAUUUCCAACGUAGUCGACCAGACCUCUUGGAUGGAGUCACAAGAAAAUCUGGUGUUCUCAAAGAUAGAAAUGAAUUUUCUCCAGAACAUUUUAAAACUUCGGAGUUGAAAGGCAUCUAUUGUAGCAUAAGUGGGAAGCAUCAAAUGAUAAGGAAAAUGUAAGCACUCCUAAUAAAGAAGAUACAUUAAAUGAAGAAUUAAAAUCGGCUGUUUGAGCUGAUAUUAUCCAGAAUAGUGCACAUAAUACUGAUGCACAGUCCUUUGCAAACAACCAGCCUAUCACAGCAACAAAAUCCACAGCUAAUGUACCAACAGAACCCAUUAAGAAGAAAAGAGGCAGGAAACCAGGUAGUAAACGCAGUACCAAUAAACUUCAAUUAAUCACCAGUUUUAGAAAAUGUGAAAAACCUUGUCCAAGCUUCAAGUACGCAGAGAAAUAUCCACACCUUAUAUAUUUCAAUGAUGAAGAUCAGUCAGUCUUUUUACGUAACACUAGUCCUGAUGUAAUGUUGUCUAGUACACUGCCAUUUGAAGAAUCCCCUGAAUAUCAGGAACUGAAGGAUACAUAUCAUAGACUAUAUGCCCCAAAAUUACGUAUGCAAUAUGCUUCAUUGCCAUUUAAAUAUAGUCAAAUUUUCUAGACUUAAUAGAAACUUAGCAUAUGAUAGAAUACUUUUACGUUUUUGAUGAAAACAUUCAGGAUUUACGUUUACAUAUACUGACUUUGUAAAAGUUUUAUUUAUAAUGAAUGUAUUCAAUAUUUUUUGCAUUAUGGAAAGGAUUUUAUGUGAGUGUUUCAAAAUUUGUAUUUAAAUGCAGUUCCAUAUAAUUAAUAAAAUGUUUCAAUAUUACAAAGUGCUAUUAAAUUCAA